AAUUUUACGAAUUGUAUCGUAGUGAAAAAUCUGUUAUUAUGUAGAAAUUGAAGAAAAGUAUAAAAUUAUCAAGUAGAUAAUUUUAAAUUCAUCUACCGUUUUGUUUCGUUUCGUUUGUUAAUUCGAUUCCAAUGAAAUUUAAAUACGGUUAUUAUGACGUUUUCGUACGAACAUGUGCUAAAUAUCCUUCCAGCAUUGCCAUAAGACAUUAUGAUAAUGGUUUCUACAAAACUUAUACAUAUUCUGAACUCUAUGGAGUUUGUGAGUAUAUAUCCCAAAAUUUACAACAGUUAACAUGUAAAAAAGGGAUUAUUGGAUUAAUAUCAGAAAGGAACAUAAUCAUUCCUUGUGUUAUAGCUGCGGUUCACAAAUGUAGUACAACUUUUAUGUUUAUAAAUCUUCAGGAUCUCGAGAAAGUUACACAAAAAAUUAAAUUCAAGAUUUUAAUACACAUAACACAAAAUGUAGAAAGUGACAGUUUAUCAGAUUUUUUGGGUAGGAAGUCAGAUAAAACAGUUCAUGUUUUUAAUUUGGUAAUUAAUUUUUAUAACUUGGACCUAAAUGGAAGUCAACAUGAUUACAAACAUUUGCCUGAACAUUCUUUCAUAGCAAUGACAUCAGGCAGCACUGGAGAGCCUAAGCACAUUCAGGUACCAGUACAAUGCAUGCAGCCCAAUAUAGAUGAUCUAACUAAACUGUUUGAUAUUACUCAAAAUGAUGUCAUAUAUUUUUCCACACCGCUGACAUUUGACCCUUCCAUGAUUGAAAUUCUGUUAGCCUGCAUGAAUGGGGCGUCCCUACUUAUUGCACCAGAAAAAGCUGAUGUGUUAUUUCAUGAAAAUAAUGAGAACUCUGUGACAUUUUGGCAAACAACACCAUCAAAAUUCUUUCAACAAUCUAACACAGAUAUUAAAUAUAAAAUUUUUAAUACAAAAUCUACACUGAAAAUAUUAGCACUGGGAGGAGAGCCAUUCUGUGGCAUUAAGAGGUUGAAGGAGCUAAAAGAUGUAAAAAAUAAAACAAAAAUAUUUACCCUCUAUGGUGUCACUGAAAUGUCAUGCUGGGCUUGUGCUGCUGAAUUGGAUUUGAAUCAAAUUCAUAGCGAUCGAGAAGUACCUUUAGGGAAAUGUCUUUCAGAGACAGAAAUUAUAUUACAACCUACCCACAAGAAUAAAAACACAGGAAAAAUUGUUCUUGCUAGCAAAACAAGAAAAUGUACCAUCUUAAAUAAAGCUACUGGAACAGAUGAAAAUAAUUCUUUAAAAUAUAUUGACACUGGUGAUAUUGGCGAAACAAGAAAUGGGACAAUUUAUUAUAGAGGCCGUAAGGAUGAUAUAAUAAAGAGGUUUGGUCACAAAGUAAAUUUACAAUCAAUAGAGAUCACAAUAAUGCAAUGUCCUAGAGUAAAAACUUGUUCCUCUAUUUGGUUACCAAAGCCAAUGCUUCUGGUUGUCUAUUAUUCCUCUGAAACAUUAACUAGUAGAGAGCUAUCUGACUUUUUGAAGUGUAAGCUUGAUGAUAAGCAUUGGCCUGACAAAAUUAUUAGGGUUGACAACUUACCAAUGAAUCCUCAUGGCAAGACAUCAAGACAAAUUCUAUCUCAAAUGUUUGAAAAGUCACAAGUACCACACACACUGGAAUCUUUGACUGUGAGUUUAAUGAAAGAACUUAAAGUAACUUUAAAUAGAAACCUGACUUAUGAAGAUAUAAAAGACAAGGAGUUCUUCGCAAUUGGUGGUACAUCUUUUUUGGCUGUUUCUUUAUGUAAUAAAUUAUCCUUGAUAUGCCCCAAAUUUGGCAAGCUUAUCUUGCCUUAUCUUAUUACUGAGAAAAGUACAAUAGGCGAAAUAAUGCAGCUAGCUAUUAAGGAAGUAGGUGUAGAUGUAAAGAAUAGCAGGAGAAGGCUGAAGAGAUUGAGAUCCAACACAGAAAGUUCUGCAUCAACGACUCAAUACAAUAAGAAAUUAGUAGAAAACCACUUAGGGAAUCCUAUAGACUUUGUAGUUGUUUGGACAUAUGACACUGGUAAAUGUGUUGAUGCAUCUCCAACUUUAUUUCACGAUGGUUUCAAUCAGUACGUGACCGUGGGCAGCCACUCAGGGAAAAUCGUUGUUGUUGACGCAAUUAGUGGUAUAACGCAAGGAGUUAUCAAAGUGAAAUCGAGGGUCGAAGCAUCGGUUUUUUGCUGUAACGAGGCACCAUUAACAACACCGUGUGGUAUGGUUGGUACCUACGAUGGUACCGUCGUAGGCUUUACGUUGGAAACAUGUGAAGAGCUAUGGCGUAUAAACGUUGGAUCUAUGAUUAAAAGUAAAGGAACUUGUUAUAAAGGAUGCUUUUGUAUUGCCGCCUAUGAUGGGAACAUACGAUGUAUUGAUAUUAUGUCAGGAGAAAUAAAACAUACAAUUCACAUAACAGAUCAGGCAAUAUCAGCCGAUUUAGUCCUUGCUAAAAAUGAAUAUAUUGUCCUGGGUACACUAUCAGGUGUUUGUGCAAGUGUACACAUUGAGUCAAAAAGUGUGGCUUGGCGAGGCACGCUUGAUAGCCCUGUGUUUGCAAGUCCCGUGCUUUACGACAAUGAUAAAUAUGUAGUAUUCGCGGAGGUAAAUGGAGAAAUACAUUGCCGAACAGUUGAAAAAGGCAUCAAGAUCUGGAAAUAUCAAGGUGCAAAGGGAAAUAUAUUUUCAUCUAUUUACAUUAAAGAAAUUGACAAAUUUAAAUGGCAAAUGGUAUUUGGUUGUCACGACAGUAAUGUGUACAGUAUCAUAGUUAAAAACUUUCAACCAAGCUUACAAUGGAAAACUCAACUUACAUCUCCAGUUUAUUCAACACCACGUAGUUUAAGUGACAAAAUGAUCCUAGCUGCCUCUAAUAAUGGAAUAUUGUCCAUCUUAGACUCAGAAAAAGGUGCUAUUAUCUCUGAAUAUCACCUACCAAAUGAAACAUUUUCAACACCCGCUAUAUAUGGUGAUUACAUUUUUAUUGGAUGUAGAAAUGACCACUUGUACUCAAUCAAAUAUGCACUAUAUUUAUAAUUAUUACAUAAUGUUAACAAUUAAACUAAAAUUGUUCUAGUCAUAUGUAUUAUAAAUAAUAUCAUAAAGGUUCCAAUGAAAUAAACACAUCUGUUAUAAUGUAAUUUUAUUUAAUAUGAUCUUACACAGAACAUUUAGUUUUAUAAUGAGCAUUCAUACAUUGACAUGUUAUCAAAUAUGAUAUGGAUACAUGAUGAAAAAGUACCGGAAUGGAAUGCAUUGCCAAUGCACAUAACUACUUGUGCAGAUCAUUACAUGCCUCAUAUUUCUUAAAUUAUAUAUAAAAGCAACCUUAAAUGUUGAAUAAAUCUUAUAAAUAACAAUCCUUAUACUUUUUGAUUAUUGUUCAGUAAAAUAAAACAGCUGGGAGUAACAAAUGGAGGAGCACUGCUCAAACAUCUCUACAGCAACUUAUCGAAGCUUAUAAUUUUUUUUCCCAUAAUCCCUAAUGAACAUUUAUUAAUUACUUUAGCCAGUAUAUAAACAAAUAUUCAAAAUUAACAAGCAAUAUAUAAUACGGCAAUCUUUACUGUUCUUCCUCUCCCAAUUCCAGUUUUACUUUGGAGAAAUCAAAAUCUUCACCAGUGCCCCUUUUGUAAAUUUUAAGAACAUCUAAGCAAGUUGUUUCAAAGUGUGUGGUUGCAUCAUAUGAUUCAGAGAUGAAGAUUUGACUUUGGCUGCCAUCAUCUGUAGGUUCAUAGUAGUCUGACACUGAAAUAAACUUUUGUCUGAUGGGUCCCAAGAGUUCCAAUCCAGGUCUAAUUUCAGUCUCUGGGUCAUUAGUCUCAAUGGUGGUAGACACCAUAGCAAUGAACCAGCCCUUGGCGGCAACUUGGUGAGUAUAGGACACCAGGGAUACAUAGAUAUCAGAAUUUCUUCCAACUUGCUUUUGUGGGAUGAUAAUCUGGGUAGACAGAGCAUCUUUAGUGUUGGUAAUAGGAUGAUCUAACAAACAAAUACAACGAAUAACUUUUCCCUUCUUAUGAACUCUUUCGGGAACAUAGCUAGGGUCACAAUAGACCUGUUUGCAUCUAGCCACUUCAGUUCCAGACCGUACCCCUACAGCCCUUCCAACCUCAUCAAGAACAAUCUCGUCAAUGGGCUUAUCUAACAUGUAGGUACCCCCAUAGAUGGCUGAGAGUCGGGCAAAACCUUGAGGCAACUCACCCAAGCCAUACAUUGGGUACAAGUAUGGUGACUUACCAUAUCGGGCAAGAGAAUCGGAAUAUAACUUGAUACGACGAAUUGUUUGAAUAGCGGGCUGCUGGAGGUAGCUAUCAUCUAGAUAAAGUGCCAAAGCAUGACCGGUAAAAUCUUGGGUAUUUUUAUCAAGCCCAAAUUUGUCAUACAGGGAUUGCAUGUUGGCUGUGCUUGGAUCUAAAUCCUUCCAUGUCUUGGAAUCUUCUUCUUGGAAGUCUUGCACAUAAAUCAAAAAGUUUCGGAACCGCCUCUUCUCAAACAUUCCCAUUAGAUCAGAUGCAAGGGCCUCCUUUUGAUCAACGGGUACUUUGGAAAUUUUACCACCUUUGUACACAUAGCUACCUUCGACAGACUUGAACUCCAAAUACCGGGUAACGCCCGUAUGGAUCAGUAGUUUUACAAGAAGUCCAUUCGCCAUUAAAAAUUUGGGUAUUAAAUCAACAUUCCAGUCACGGCCUCGACCAUACGUUUCAUCCGGUGCCGGCGCGUUGAACUUUGCGAAUAAUUCUUCUAACGGGGUAAUUGACGCAGAUUCACCACCGUAAUACUUCUUACGAUCAAUGUGUAGAACCUUUUUUCCAGACACGGAGAGCAUACCACUAAGAAUGCACUCUUUUAGGCCGGUGCCCAAAACAAUUGCAUCGUAUUCUUCAUCCAUGCUGACAAAAAGUGCUUCGAAUUAAAUUCUUAUAUGAUAAAACACACUAAGAACCGGAGAACAAAUGUCAAAA